UUCAUUACUCAGUCAAAUGGAUUUCCCUUGGAAGCUGAACAGAGAGCAUUAGCUGGCAGAGUUCUCUCUCACAUCAGUGUCCAUCAUUUCUCUGCUCUUUUUAAUCGCAUUGCAAUUAGGUGAAUAUAAAUAAUUAUAAUAAUUGUUAGUUAUAGGUGCAUUUUUUGCUUUUGAGAAAGAAAGAUAAAAUAAUUCAAUCAUCUUUCUUAAAAAAUAAAUAAAAUAUAGAAGUGCAGGAAGCUUUGAUCUCCAAGUUAUUAACAAUCUGGAAAGAUUCAUUUGUCACUUGGCCAAGUUUGUGUUUGAGGAAAUGAAAGGCUUUUAUUGUUACUGCUCAAAUACUAGUUUUUUUAUUUAUUUUUAUUUUAUUUUAUUUGCCACACAAUAAUUACAAAAAAUAAAGGAAAAGAGAGAAAGAAAAAGAAGUGGCGAGGAGACCAAGCUUAUUGCAGCCUUCAUUUUACUAUAUAUACUCAGUUUUGUUGGCUCCAUACAACAGCCACAUUACAUUUAGCAUUUAAUAAAGCCUGGACAUUGCGUGACUUUGUUCUUAUGCAAGAGUGGCCUGUUUAUGUAGAUGUUCACCAGAAAUGACCUUGAGUUUGCCGUUUCGUGGUAACAACUCUUUAUGGUUACUAGCUGUAAGUGAUACUAAGUUAUGCCUAUAGCCUUCAUACCACUUGAGUGCUUCUUUGUUUUUUAGCUUUGCAUGUUCACUCUGCAUUUUACUCAGUAGCUUAUAUGCAUCAGUCGUUUAUAUUUUCCCCACCACACACCCUCCCUUUGCUUCAUUAAAGAUGGACUACUGGCUUGGGUGCACACCUGCCACUCUUAUCAGUGCAUAGCAGGCUGGGUGGGGCCCCCACCCCACCUUAGUUUACUCACUUGCAUUGCCUCCUUUAUUACUGUGUAGGGUGUGUGGCUGCCACCCUCAUUCCAUUGCAUAUUAUUACUAGGGUGUGUCUCUGCCACCCUCAUUGCAUUACCCAGUUUAGGGUGUUUGCUGCCACCCUCAUUGCAGUACCCAGUUUAGGGUGUGUUGCUGCCACCCUUAUUGUAUGCACUUUAUGGGGUGACUUGCUGUGACCCUCGCUUUACCUCAGGUUGCACCCAACAACCUUUAAUCCCAUUUACUGCCAAAGAUUUGUAGUUGUGUAUUUUCUUUGUUUAAGUCUACAUUAUUAGUGACUAAGUUGUUAAUACCAUCCCCCCAAUUUUUGCAAGGGAGUAUCAUCUUUGUUUACCCCUGGUUCAAUUGUGUCACAUUAAAGCUUUGCAUCAGUUGAAGAGCACAGGGCCUGGAAAUAAACCAACAUUUAAAAUAAAAAUUUUCAUUCAAUUAUUGUAUGAAAUGUUUUUAGCUCAUGUCCUUUGUAAUACAUUAUUCUUUGCAGAGGUGGUUUAGUCUGGCUAACUGACGACUAUUUGUAAGUUAUUGAUGUCAUCAUUUUUCAGAUUACACGUUCUUGCCAAUACAGAAGAUAAUUCUGACACUGGGGAUAUUGAACUCAUUCGUCAUUUACAUGUGAAUGUUUCGUCUCUCAAAAUUCUCUUGCAAGGUACAACUUUUGCAAUUAUUGUUAUUAUUAUUAUUAUUAUUUUUCAUCAUCAUUAUUUUUUUUGGAACAUUUGGAGCCAACCCAUGAUUUCAAUCUCUGUUGAAAACUGGCCAUUUGGUUUCACGACAUGAAAACCAUUCAGUCCUCUCAUAAGUGUACAUUGUAAAGGUUACAUGUACCUCUUUUAUUUCAGAGAGCAUUCAAGUAUUUAAGUCCCUAAAGAAGACUGGCCAGCUAGCACUGGUGUCAGGAUUAGAAAAGGUAGGCUAAAUUGCAUUAUUUUAAUGAGUAAUACACAUGUAGGUUGUCAGAUAACAACUUGGAUGGCAAAUGUGGCAUCUCACUUUAGGCAUGUCAAAAAAACUAAAGCUCACAAAGAAAACAAGAUAUUUCAAGUUCCAACAUCCCCUCCUGUCUGCAUUUCCAUAGCAUUUGCUCCCCCCACCCCCUAUUUGUCUGAGAAUUUCUAGAAACUCGUCUGUUGCGGGUGUGUUGAGUUUUUCUGGAAUAACCUAAUGCAACUUCUUGUUUCCUUUAUAUUUAAUUGUUUCCUUUAUAUUUAAUUGUACGUGACUGUCCUAUUCAGCAAGGAGACCUUACUUGUAGAGAUGCCUAAUGGUUUCUGAAAGCUCCUCCUCCUGAUUUCUUGUAAAAUAUUACUACACCAUUUCUUUCUUCUUGUAUGAAAAAAUAAAUAAAUAAAUAAAUAAAUAAAUAACCAAAGAUAAAACUGAGCCACAGCAAUAACAUUUUGAUUUCUGUUACAUUGUUCUAGGCAAUAUGGAACUGGGUAGAAAACAGUCCUGAUGAACUGGCCCAACUUCAAAGGCAACCUUCACCUGAACUUUCAGGUAGGCUUUACAAUAUUGGUCUUGCUUAUUUCUGGGGUGGAAAUUUGGGCCAAGUGAUGUAUAUAGAGUGCAUUUCAUUUUUUAACUCCCAUUUUACAACAACAUAAGAACCUCUAGUAAGAUUAAGGGUAUAGAUGUCUGUUCCUUGGGGUCUUUUUUAUUAUUGUUAUUGAGGGGUAAAUUUAAUCAGGUGCAGGGAUGUAACAAUAACAACAACAACAACAAUAGUAUAUUUACAAACGUAACACUAAAAGAGCUUACAGAAACUCGUGUAAUAAUGAACAUACAGUACCUCAAAACUGUUACUAUACUAUAACAGUAGUACUACUACAAAUUAACUAUACCUUCCACAAGUAUAAAACCCUGAAAAUUAUGUACAUUAUAGAUAAAUAAAUUGUAAUUAUUAUAAAAUUAUGAUAAUUAUGAUGACAAUAAAUCCCUCGGAUAGUUGCAACAAGACCAAGUCAAAGUGAUUUGGGUAAGAUACUAAACCUAAUGUCUGCAUGAAACAAGGUUUGUUAUCAUUAAUACCCGAGAAGUCACCAAUUUAUGACUCAUUAUUUGAUAAAUUAUCCCCUUUAAAAAAUAGUGAAAAAUGUGUCCACAAUGGUGGUUGGGCUCAUUUCCACUGCAUUUUAAGUUGAAGACAUGCAGUAGAGCAUCGAUAGUUGAUUCCACAAGAACAGUUGUUUUGUUAAUCCUGUGAUAUCCUGUAUAUAUGUGCCAUUUAUUAUGUUUCUUAGAGUAUGCAGAGAAACUUUUCGACAUGGUGGAUAACUUUGCAGAAAGUUCCAAAAGGAAGGCCGCAGUCUGGCCCCUUCAAAUAAUGCUGCUUAUUUUAUGUCCUGUAAGAAAAUUUUUGUUAUUAUUGUGCACACACUGUUCCUGUACAUUGUAUACUCAUUACAUGUGUUAUCACUAUUAGUAUUGGGAUUUAAAGGGUUAAUUAUUGAGUUGAACAAUAAUAUUUGAGCGCUUACCAUUUGUAUGGAAAACCCGGGAAUUUCGGGAAGAAUUCAAAUGGAACGGUUCAUCCCGCUGGAAAUUUUGUGGAAAAUAAGUUAUACCUUUUGAGGUAUUGCCUUUUUCCAGUUUUUGCCGAAACAAGCAAAAUUUUCCGUACCAUUUGUUUGGAUCACCAAUGCCAGGUUUCAAGUCGAGAGAAAGCGAAAAAUUUAACAGUAUUUUGUAAAUGGUACAACUCAAUCCCAUUGCUGUUUUUGGUGCCCAAAAAAAUACCAGUACCAUUUGACAGAAAUUUUUCACCAAAAUUUUCGUACAAAUGGUAAGCGCUCUUUAAUACAGAUACAGCAACAUGAUGGCAUUGAUGUUGAUGAUAACAAUGACGAUGAUGAUGAUGGUGAUGGUAGCAUUCACUGGUUUUAAAUUGUCUGGUUUACUGUAACGAUGAGAGCUUGCUGUAAUAGCAUUGGCUAUAUUAUGAUGACAAUAUUAAUGCAUGUAAUUGUGUUUUUUGCUUAUUCAGGACAUGCUUGAACAAAUAGCUACAUGUGAAAAAGUAUUUGAAGUUAGCAAGGCCAACAAGGUAUUAAUUAUUUAAAUACCUGAUGAGCUAUAAAACUGCAAUUUGACUAUAAAUUUCCUGGCUAGCAGAGGUCUCUCACAAUGAGUCUCUCUCGUCGUGAGAGACCUCACAGCCAGCAGGGAAACUAUAAGUGAAGUUUUUUUGGUUGUUUGUGCUGUGAGUUCCCUUUUGAAAGAGCCUUUGUUUGCAAUUUUUUGCCUUAUUUUUAGGCAGGUCAUCAUAAUUAUUCACAUAGUAGCUUCCAAAUGAGUUCAAUUUUUUGGCCAGUUUUGUUACUCAUUUCAUCUUCCUCUUCCCUGUUCCACAUUUGCUGCUUUUGUUACCUUCCUCUAACCCCAUUCCCUGUUAAUUCAGUACCUGCAGGUCUUAUUUGGGAGGCCAAUGGCUGGAUUGUAUGGAAAGAACCCUAAAUACCAAAGCAUACAAUCCCUAUUUUAGCUAUGUUGGUCAUCUGUAUGACUAUAGAAUGCAUUAUUACAAUAUAUAAAUGUUUCUUGAUCACCACAACAUAAUUAUUGACAACCAACCAAGGCCUUAAAAAACUUUUAUGAUCAUGCUCACUUCACCACGAUCAUGACAUAUAUUUAGGUCAUAUGGUGGUGACAUCAAGUCAUAUACAUUCAUGCCUCCUUCAUCCUUCCCCGUCAGACUCGAAGAGGAAAUUUAGCGGCCACACUUUUGUUCCAAGUAGACCCUGGUGUCUUGGUCCAUUUUUGUUGGGUUUUGCUGGAUAGGAGCAAGGGCGGCACAGUUGGUUAGUGCGCAGCCUUUGGUGUGCGAGGUGCCAAGUUCGAUCCCUGGUGACAUCUCUCCUUUCUGUGUAGCUUUGACUAGUUUUAAACACCCUUAAAAUGGAGAAUUGAUGGAGAGAGGGGGGUAAAAUGAGGGCACCCAUCAACCUCAAGUUAAUCAGUUAUUACUGUCACGAGUUAUUGAUGUAAAAUAAGGUUGCUUUUCCUUUACCUUUUACCUUUAUGCCCCUGUUGCUAAGAUGCUGCCAAAUGAAUGUAGCACAUUCUUAAUAAAAUUAUUUACGAUUUUUCUUCUAACUUUUAUUUUUCACAGAAAGAGUUCCUUGAUCACUUGAAAAAGGCUCUGACAAGUACUAAGAAUUUGACUGAGAGUGCAGCUGUUGUAUGUGUCAAACUAUGCAAAGUUGCAACUUAUAUGAAACCUGAAGACAACUCUGUUCUGUGCUUUCUCGUGGUUACCAUGCUGAAUGAAUUAAAGGUACUUUCUCAGUAGUGGUAUAGAAACGCUUUGAUAAGUUUGAUGUUGGAUUUGUUAUCAUGUUUUAAAAGAGAGGUUGGUGGAGAAGCAACUUGGAUAGUGGUAAUGAAUAAAAAUUAUGUGAAAGUCAUGAAAUGGAAAAAAUUUUGUUCAUCACUAUGACCAUGUAAGCAGAUGCAAUCACAAAGUGCCCGGAAUUCAUCAUGGGCAAACCCAUAUGGCUCAAAUGUCAUGCCAUUUGAGAUACCUGGCCCAUUCACUCAUUGCUUGUCCAGUUUUGCAUGACCACCCUGGAAUUUUGGGAAUUUUGGAAAGAUAAAAGGCAGUCAGCAAGUUUAAUCAGACUAUCAUGUCUCUUUCAGGGUCUUUUGUUCAAUGUCAGCAAACCAUUUUCUUUAGGAUCUGGAAGCCUUGUCACAACAGAGAACCUUAUGGUUGACUGCUUUGUGUCCAGUUUCCGAAUCAACUACAGGAACAACCAACACUUUGAUAUGUGUCUUCAGCCAAGCUCUCCCUUCAUCUACCAGCUUGCAUAUGUUAAAGGAACUUACUCCAUAGUGAAACAGGUAUAGAGAAGAGUGGCAUGUCAUUCUAUUGUUGUCAGAUUUUGAUUCAGCGGCUUAUCUAACAGACAACUAAUAACAUUGGGAUGUAAUUAACCAAUCAGGUCAACAACCAGAGUUUAAUACCAUCAACUGAUGACUUAAUAAACUUGAUUAGUGACACUGAUGACAUCUUAAUGACCAACUGAGGCACGUACUUUAUUGUCUCAAAGGACAUCUGGUAAAGUUGUGUGAUGGAUGGUCAAAAUGACAUUUAAAAUUUAAUUGGACAAGUGAGGAAGACUUGUAAUAAUGUUGAAAUAUUUUUCUCCCUAAAACUCAUUGCUCUGAGUCUGUAUAUUAUGUUGUUUAUUGUGUUUUCUCAAGCGCAGGAAGAUAAUAUUAUUAUUAGCAUGUUGCAUUUCUGAUUAAAAUAAAAAAAGGUAAAGGUGCACACGAGCCAAAGGCCCACACGGCCAGAGCUUAUACCAGUUUCUGUAGCAUGAAGAAUGCCGAGGAGUAUUGUUACUCCCCCUUGGACAGGAUGCUAGUCCAUUGCAGGGUUACCCCCAACAGUAGGUCGCCAGUACCCAUUUUGUACAUUGGGUGAAGAGAGAUAAAGUGGAGUAAAGUUCCUUAUCUAAGGAAACAGGCAAGGCUUGAAUCUCGGACCUCCAGAUCCAGAGUUCGAGGUGUUAACUGUUCAGCCACACACACCUUUGAUUUAAAUAGAUAACUAAAACUGCUUGUCUUUUAGUCUCCGUUAAGGUGGUGGCCAAAAGCAGAACUGCUUCAUCCCAAAUCACAAGCUCUGAGACAACUUUUCUUGGUAUGUUUACCUUUUCAGCAAUAUAUUUUCCUCUUAUUUUUCACUUUUGCAGUUUCUUUCAAUCAGUAGCUUUGUCUCAAAGUUCUUUAAUUGUUUCUUUUCAAUUGUGCAGAGUAUCUGUAGCAGGGUUCAGAAUGCAGAACAGGAGGGACAACAAUCAAGGCUGAGUCAGGUUAGAUGAAUAACACAAAAAGAGUAGAAAACUUGUUUUUUUAGAGAUCGCUGCAGUGAUUAUAAUCAGUUUAGGUGCUGAGUAAUGUUAAAAUCAACCAAAAACAAGAAACAGACAGUAAUGUCAUGAUGAAAAUUUCAGAAAUGAGUGAGAAAUCAAUAAAAAUUCUUAUAAAACAUCUGUUGUUAAAGCAUCAUUAUAGUGUAACUAGUAACAGUUGACACUACAGCUGCCUGGACAGUUAAUUUUUGUUCUUUUUUAUAUUUUGAUUGAAAUCCUGUAAUCCAUUUCCUCGUAACGAUUUUAGUUGUGUUUUCCUGAUGAUUGACAGUUAUUAUAAGUGGUUUUGUUUAUUCAAUUUAGUUUGGCUGCAUCAAACGUAUACAGUUUGUUUGAUUUUUCGGUGUCUAAACAGUGUAGACAGUUGUUUUUGUUUUGUGAUUAGUUGGUUAGUUCAAUAAAUGGGCUAAGAAUUGUCUGCUUAUCCCGCACCGCAUUUCUGGUUGUCAGUUUUUUGGGUGCGGGGAAUUCAAGAAACACAAUUACACGCACCCUUUAACUUCAUGCUGCGCUUAACGAGUGUCUUUUGGUCCAUAACUUUCAAAACAGCCGCUCAACAGAAUGUCACUGAUAACACAUAGGGCAAAAGAGUAUUGAAGUAUGACUGUACAAUAAAAUAAUGUCAUAAAAACUACCUUAGUGGUCCCUUGGGGAUUUUUUGUUUUACUUCAUCCUAACCAUCUCUUACUUGGGGCGCGAACAAUAGAAACAUCAUCAUUACCCAACAAUUCCAUGUUCAUGUCAUGUUCAAGCAAAUUGCAAUUUUUUUUUUCUGGCAUACUGACUGUGUAUUCAACUGUAAGUACUUUCCUUAAUAAACAGAUGAGCUACUAGAGUGCCUCCUCGGGAAGGCAAAAUUCCUGCGGGGGCAAUAAGAUAAAUUCUUGUUGUUUUCCAGAUCUACAAAGUUAAAGAUAAGAAGCACAAGGAAGAUGAGAUUCAUUCCAGCAAGAAAAAUGACAAAGAGUUAUUGCUGUGGCUGGUGAAGAUAUUCCAUGCUGACCCUGUUUUUGCAUUUCAUGUAAUUUGAUCAAUAACUGAUAAGUUUUGGUGCAAUAAAUUAGUGAAGUAUUGUUAACAAAGUUGGAAAAAAGCUAUGAAAAUGAAAUGUUCAUUGUGGUUGAUUUAAUGAACUGAAAAUAUUCAUUGCUCUCACCAGGGUAUUGUAUGUGCAAGAAAUGUGGCAUAUUGUUCUGAAUAAACUGCAGAUACCUACAUUUCCAAACACAUAUCAAAUUAAAGCUACAAAAGGUGGCUCUUGAAGUGUACCAACCAUUUUGUAGUAAAGUACUUUGAAAAUUUACCAGAACAUUUUGGGAAUAAGGCUAAAAUAUUUGGGGUUAUUGUGCAAGAAAUGUCUUUUAGGAGAAAUGUUAUGUGAAAUAAAAAAUUACCCCAAACUCUUUUUUUGUGUACAUGUUGUACUAUCAUCCCUGGAACUUUGAAGUUAAUAAUUGAACAAAUUUCCUUUGAGAAAAUAGUUUUGAAAAAUCGAUUGUCAGGUAAAUUCAUUUUUUGUCAUUACCUCUGGUAAAAAAAAACACAGUUCAUUGAUGGAGGAGAUCCCAUUUCAUUUUAUUUUGACUCUUUGUCUGUGUUAAUAGCACAUUAAAAUUAUUUGUUUUUUUUUCUUCUUCAUAGAAUCCUGAUCUUCAUGGAUGGGAAAUUCAAAAGAACUCAACUCAAUUGAUAAUGGGCGUUGUUAACCUCAUGUUAACUCCAACACUACCAGUUGAAAUCAGACAGGAGGCAGCUGAAGUAAUUUCACCAUAUUUAUAUUCAUUUGUUACAAUUGCUAUAAGAAAAGAAAAUACAACACUAUCUCAAGUUAAUGGUGCAUCAAUUCAUAAAUUUUAGCCCUACACAUUGACUUUGGCCUUUAGAAUGUUUGGUUUGAUUGCUAGAUGUUAUCUUUAAACAUCAGAUUUAGCCUUGGCUUUUGUAAAGUAAGGUGCACUUAUUUUUUGGCUGUUUUAUUUUUAAAAUUAUUUUUUUCAGACCCUUCUAUGCUUCUUUCAAACGGAUUACAUCGAGAUGUGGAACCCUGUGGCACCCAUUGCCACAUUCUGGGAAAUCAGGUACAAUGUAGUUCUGGCAUGUUAGUCUAGGCAUAAAGCAAAAAGCAUUGAACCUGCAAAGUGGGGCAGAAAACGUGCUUUCAAGGCCCAAGAUUAUGGACAAGUGUUUAAGCCCAGCAGCCAGCAAGAUUGUGCCCUCUCUCUGAUAGGACACCAGUACAGGGCUGGAAAGGUUUAGUAAGCAGCACUGCCCCACCCAAAAAGUUAGUUAGACAAAGAUAAUAAUAAAUUCACAAUAUUAGAAAGAACUUCUUUACGACAUUUUAAGUGGAGCCUUGAAUUUGCAGCAUAUUAGAAGGAGUUGAUAUUCUUGUUUCCUCUCCCCAUCCUUCCCCUCCCCCACCAAAAGAGGCCGACCUCUUUGUAGGUUAUGGCGGGUACUUACACAUGACCAGGUAGAUAAACACAAAUGUUUCACUUGCAUAAAUCCAAACCAAAUAGGAUUCAGAUUUUGCUCUUGAAAAAAUUCAAGAAGCCCCUUUUCACAUUUUUAUUUUUAAAGCACUUCAAGACCUUAUAAGAUUUAAAUUUUCUACUAAAACUUCAUUUUGUAUUUUGCUUUGUUUACUGAUUCCACUAACAUUUUGCUCAUUCUUGUUUCAUGUCAAGUUCAAACGUCAUGGUGUCAAUUGCUGAGUUUCUAAUUGGUCACAGCAGCCAUGGAGCUGUUCUACUAAGAUAUUUGCGAGAUCUGAAUUUUGGAAAAAAUGAAUUUCUAAGAAAACAUAAGGUACAUGUAUGUCUAUUGAGGUUUAUUUUCUAUAAUCGUGUAACUCUAUCCUAUUGUUCUGUAACCAUUCAACUGAAACCCCUUUUGGGAGUGAAGGUGUUCUUUCACAUGUUAUGCUUUGUUUUUCUUGUUGAAAAAUGUUUUUUUCUCUUUCAUAAACUGUAUAACUGUCCUUUGGCUCUUGCAACUUCCUCCUUUUUGUUUUCUUUGUCUCAAGAAAAAAAUUGGGUGUGAAAGAAACUAUUGGGAGAGGGGAGGGAAGUUAAUAUGUGUUGCAAGUGUAGUAUCUUUUGUGCCCAUUAUUUCACUUAAGACCAGCAUUUAAUGUCCCUUUUCUUAACAAAGUUUUGUUGUUUUUUUUGUGUUGUGUUUACAGGAGCAAGCUUCUAUAGGCUGCCACACUCCAAUUUGUACAAUUUCUCAAACUAAACUUGAAGUAUGUGUAAUGCUUAUAAUUGUUUAUCGUCAUUUAUUCACAGACUUGUCAAUUUGAGCUUUGAUAUGAAUCGUUGGAGUGGUUUUUGCCGAACUCACUUUACGUCUCUUCCUUUCUUAUUUACAGGAGGUUUUCCUAACUUUCUUGUGGAGUCCGGACGUGGAAACUGUACUUAUCUCACUCUCUUGUUUUGGUCAAAUGUGCAAUGAAAUAGACCUUGUACAAAGUUCUGAAAAUCUUAAUGAGCCUCCAAGUGCUCAAAAUAUUGAAGUGUAUCGCAACCUGUCUGAAGAGGCUACUAAGUUUACAGCUGGUGAGUACUACAUGAAGGAUGCCUUCAACAUAUGGACACUCUCUAUUACAAUCAAAUUUCUUGGUGAGAGAGAGGCGACAUGUCAUAUAAUCCCUUUCCUUUUUGCCUUGUUCUUUUGGCAUUUUUUUUAAUGAGGUAUGACUGUACAUGCGAGCCCUGCAAAAUACUGCAGUAUAAAUGUCAAAAUAGCAUUGCUGUACAGUGUAAGGACGGUAAAAUAGAUGAAUCUCUGCCAAAAUUAUCAUCAUUGGCAUCUUGUGUCACUUGCCUAUAAAUUGGCAAGGAAAACAAAUUAAUUACAAGGCUGUUCAGUAGCAGCUUGUCAACAGUGGUAGUCUACAUAUAGCCUGCACCACAGACAAUACUAAACUCUAGUUAAGUCCGUUUGCGAAACAGUGCCGAAAUUCUUGUUCUGGGCCUCCACCUCUGUACCAGGAUUUGAGUAUGCGCCAUGCCUGGCCUGUUAAAAAGGCCAUUGUCGAUUUGUCAAUCAGUGUGAAAGGAAGUUCAAAACACACUUCUGGUAAUUGAGUCCAUUGGCCGGGCACAGAACAAGGAUCUCAGCACUGCCUCGCCACUUGCAGACCUUUCUAACCAAGGUUAAAUUACAUCAGGGACGCAGGCUAUCUACAUAAUUGUUGUUCUGCUUUUUGGACGUUUUGCUUAAGAACAUGUCAUACAAACAACGAUUGCCAAUUUUUGGGUUGGCCAAUGUGGCUAAUGAAGCUUAGCUCAUUCUCUGUGAAAUGCUAUUCUUUAGCAGUAGUGCGCAUAGAGUGUUAUAUAGUGAAUUGCUGUAAACUUUUCAGAAGUGUUAUUUUGAUUUAUUGCUCGGGUAUGGCGCUCUGAAGAAAAAAGGUACUGUACCAGACUUAAUUGCACAUAAAGAAGAUGGAGAUAAUGUACUAUUUUAAUUUACUGCAAGGUAGAAAAAUUUGAGGGAUCUCUUGGCCAUACUUAUCAAACUGCCAUUUCCUUUCAGGGAGAGCUGCUCUUCAGAAGCGUAUUAUGGCUUUGCUCAGACAACUUGACAGACAAACAGCUGGCAACGUGCAGGUAUAUGUCAGUAUUUUCCACAUAUUUUACUUGCAUUAUAAUUGUUUUCACUUCAUAUGAACCCUUCCACUAGCAGACGAAGUUAUGGCGUUAAAUUCGCGGACAAAAUCCUGUUGUGUAACCUGUCAAACAAACAGUCUAGAGAUGUUGGUAUUUACAGCAACCAGCCAUUGUACUGAUAGUACGGCUUACCAGUUUUCGUACCGAAAAAUAACCCUGAAGAGGAAGCAGAACAGGAGUAGAGCAAAUGGCUGUUUCCACGGGUUUCUCAGUUAUCUCUUGACAUAAAAAGUCUUAAAAUUAGCUUUUUGGUUCGGUUUGGUCAAAUUUAGACUCUCUUAACCAAGCUUUAUUCUCUUGCAAUGUUAUUUAAAAUCUUUUAGAGCUCAUAACAUUAACUAUGUUUAAAACAGUUCACUAUUACCUGUUCUUCUCUCUAAUAGGCCUGGGAAAGUACCUACUCGAAAUGGCAAAGGUUGACCUAUGAUCUUGUAAAUUUUGGUAAGGAGGAGUCUUCUGCCAUGGAUGUACAAAAAUAUUUAAGAAGGAAAGGAGUAUCAAAACUCACCAAUGACAAUUUGCAGGUAGGAGUGUACUAGCUCUGAGCUUGAUACCUACUCACUGUUAUGUAAUGUGGAAACGCAAUGUGGGAAGUUACCAUAAAUGCUCGAAUUAGCACCCAAGCGGACUUACUGUAUGAAAGUAGUCAAAGGGGAUCCCAAUUUGAAGGGGGCUUAUUUAGCUUUUCAAAUUUCGGCCUCAAAAUUACAUUGUAUUUAUUUUCAGUAAGUNGUAAUGUGGAAACGCAAUGUGGGAAGUUACCAUAAAUGCUCGAAUUAGCACCCAAGCGGACUUACUGUAUGAAAGUAGUCAAAGGGGAUCCCAAUUUGAAGGGGGCUUAUUUAGCUUUUCAAAUUUCGGCCUCAAAAUUACAUUGUAUUUAUUUUCAGUAAGUGCAAGCAGUAUUUGUUUUCUUGGGAAGGUCUGGGGUUACUUAUGUCAAUGUAAUGCUUAAUUGACAAUUUUAGCCUCAAGGGGGUACCCCUCCUCGAAGGGGGCACUCAUUUGAAGCAGGGCACUAAUUCAUGGAUUUGCGGUAAUUAAUCCUCUGGCCAGUAAGAAAAUUGUGGCCAGGACCUCUCAACCAUUGCUGUUUUAGGAAUAUAAUUUGAGACCGUGGAAACAAUAUUUGUUUGUUCUUUAGAUGUUCUUUUUUAGGGAUAUCCACCUGAAAGGUUUUCUUUUGUAGAAUUUUUUACCGUAGAUUGUAAAAUCUUCCUGAUGCAUUGUAAGGCAACCUGACAGUGAAAUGACCUUAUUAACUUUCUUCCUAUUUGAAAUUAUGUGUAGGCAUUAUUAACUGAGUGGACGUGCAUGACUGGGUUCUUGUGUUCACUGGGGGGUGUGUGUUUGACCCCUUUACAAGCCAUCAGGUAACGGUUUCUAUGUAUAAAAGAGAUUGUACUUUGUGUACUUUUGAACUCAAACCAGAAAGCACAGGUAUCAACCAUCUUAUAAACAAUAAGUGUUUAAAAUUUGUUUAUUUAUUUUCGUUUGUUAUUUUGGUUUUUUCUCUGUCGUCUUUAGAAGAUACAGCAGAAGUCUUCCCUCAUCGGUACACGCUGUCAAUCAUUCACGAAAAACAGAAAGUGAUACUGUGACAAAGUAAGUUACCCUUGCCGUUUGUUUACAAAUUUGCGUGGUUGCUGUUUGUGUGGCACGUGGGGCCAAAUACUGCUCAUUUCCCUCAUUUUAAUUUCUAUUUAAGGUUUAUGCAGGACUUGCUGAGUCUUCUGGUUUGCGCCAAUGAAAAGACUGGUUUACAGGUUAGCAUCAGUAUGAGAAGUAACCUGGUGUAUUGGCAAAUUUGAGGCUGUGCAUGUGACAGGAUCGGUGUUGUGUUAAAUAACCAUAGGACUGUUUUGGGGAUUCAAUUGCUUUUUUUAUUGGUUAUUCGGUUAUUAUAAGUAAAUAACGAUUUAGAGGUAGCACAUCCACGAAUGGUUCUUCGUCUACCAUUUCUGGUAGAAUUGGAAUUUGGUAAUGUUGGUUUAUGAAGAGAGGGGAAUACCGGAGUACCGGGAGAAAAACCUCUCGAGGCAAAGGAGAGAGCCAACAAAAAAAAUCAACCCACAUAUGGCAUCAAUGCGGGGAUUUAAACCCGUGUCACAUUCGAGGCAGGGGACUGCUCUCACCACUUCGCCAUCCGUUGAACCUUGCUUAUGAGGUUUUGCAAGAAAUGGUCCCAUAGUGCAGUGCAAAUCAAAACUGACCCAGUCUCAGGCGUGACCUCAAAAUGGUCAAUUUCAGUGGCUGUUAUUCAUGUAAAGUAGGGGGCCUUUAGGUCAUAAAUCAUGACUUUGACCGCUCUGCCUGGGUUGCCAAAAACUGUGUCCAAUAGCCAGGUAGUUCUGUCACGUAUUGGACUAUGACAUGUUUCUGUAUAAGGUAGUGAGGACGUGCAAAAUGUGGUGGCAUGCUACACUGUCUUCGCUUAAAUGUUCUGGUCUCAAGCUACAUGCUGAAAGCCAUAAUGAUACGUUACUUGUUUUUCGAUAGUUUAAUCCUUUAAAUCAUUAUAUCAGUGCGUGUUAUUCUCAACACUGUUCUUCAUACAUUUCCCUUAUGCUGAGAAGAAUUCGUUUGACAAUUAACUUGCUGAACACUACAGGCCGUUAUUUUGUAUUAGUAGUGAUACUUCAGACAAAAGAGGAAUUCGAUGCUUGUAACCCUUACGGGUUAAAGGAUUCGCAAAAUUAAUAAUAUUUGCAGACAUGCUGUUCAAUGUUCACUUUCUUACUGUUCUGUUCUUCUGUCAGAUACGCAGCACAGUAAAUGAGGUGGUUGGUGUUGAACUAAGUCAGAAACUGUACCCCAUAUUACUGACGCAGAUUAUGCGAGUUGUUAAUAGCUUCUUUACAACCUCUGGUCAGGUAAAUAAGUAAGGUACCUUGUUAUAGUAAAUUAACGGUUCAUGAACUUAAGUUUACUUUAAGUCGCUCUAAUUUUUGUUAAUGUUAAUUUCCGUGCCUUUAUUUAAGUGGAGCGUUAAUUUCCGCGACCUUAAUUUCAAUUGCUGUAGCUCCAAAUUCUCGACACACCUCUAACAUUCUUGACACCAAACAAAGAGGAUUAUUAAAUCAAGGUGGAGAUCCGCCAGAAACGGGGAAACUAGAGAACCCUCGAAGUGUCCAGAUCUUUUUCCCUUGACCCCCUUCGCACGUUUUAGGAAAGAAUCACGAACUUAACUUUGUUCCUAUUGUCUCAAGACGUUUUGCUUCUUUGAAAACGUCGCGUUAAUUUCCUUUAUUUUGAAAUGUUACCCUCUCUUUUGCGUUAAUUUCCUUCAUUCGAAAUUCGUUUUCCACUAAGUUGACGUUAAUUUAAGUCGCGUUUACUUCCAAUAACUUAAUUUCAUGAAGUAUUAACUUCCUGUAAUGAUGUAGUUAGUUGAAUAUGAGUAAGGGUUUGUUUUGAUGCUUAGUCUUGCAUAGAGAGUAAUGCCUAUAAUUUCCUGAGUUAAGAGUUACAUUGUGGAAGAUUUCGUUCCUGGAUGAAGACAAGCUUCUUGCAAAUUAAGUAUUCAUUUUGUUUGCUAUUUGUCGAGGCUAUGAAGGUUUUGGAGACUAGUCAGGUAAAACCAGCCAUUGUUGAUGUGGGGUCAUGCGUGUGCGUGUUUUGCAUUUGAUGUUAGCUAGUGGAGGUAUGGGAUUAUUGAACCAGCACAGUCUGCAUGGCGUUAUUCAUUGAUAUGAUCUGGGUUUUGAUCCAUGUCUUCAGUGAUGUUGCUGCUUUUGUUGGCUUUAACACAGGCUGUAGAGUUUCCUUGUAUUAGUGCUCUGCGUUGUCCUUCUUAGUUUAUCAGACAGUGGGAACUCUUUAAUUUCGUUGCUGGUAUCCUGAUUUUUUCCUGUUCCUUAUUUAGGUCAUAGUUCAAGAAAAACACACUCUUUUUACAGAACAGGCAAGUCCCCUUAUCUUUACUACCACAAUAAACCAACCAUCCAAGAGGGAUGCUGUUGACAAUUUUUUAGGGGAUGUGCUACCCUUAACCCUAUUCCAGACCCCAAUUGGUCAUCUUCGAUAUCCUUUUUCUGACAUUCCUCCCCCUACGCGCGCCAAAAAAAACAUCUGUACCUGUUUCUAACUUCAUCUCUCUCUUACCUGGAAUUCAUGUGUCAGUAAUAACAGUUUUUCAAAAGGUGGAUUCCUUAAAAGGCACUCAAACCAACUUCUGACCAAAUAGGUUGGACAACUGAAAAUGCCAUUUUUCAAUUUAAACAGCUCAGAUGCUAUGUUUUCGGGUUGGCAAAUACCUAAAAGGAUAUACUUGUAUAGGGUAUGCCAAUAAACAACCUCACAUAUUUGUUUUGGCUUGUAAUUUUUCCUAGGAGGGGCACAUUUACUUACAAUUAAAACUGUUAUUGGUUGUUUGUGUCGUAGCACUGCUUCUAGUAAACUUGAUGGUCACUCUGUAAACCCAACCAUUUGCCUUAUUGAAUGGCGUAUAUAUUUCUCUGAGUACUACUUAAAACAGACAUUUCUUCUGGACUGUCCUCUACUCUGAUCAAACGCGGUUGGUAAACUUGUGGCCUUGAUACGUGGUUUAGACAGCGAUUAUAAAUAUGGAGUCCUGUCAGGAUUAUGCCCCAACCUUUACCAUUUGGCUUUUGUAACACUCCUAUUACAUUCCAACGACGUGUCUUCCCCAAUCAUUGGUUUCUUUUUUUAUGUCUAGAUAAUUGUGAUCAUUAAACACAUUUUGGAAAAUAAACUUGGAUUGAAGGAUGGCUUUCAGAUGAGUGGCAUUGAUGCUAUGAUUUUAUCGUUUGUCAGGUUAGUUAAUUUGUUAAAUGGUUCAUAAGGCAAUCUAUGACUAGUCUUGUCAAGCAUCUGAAGACUUAUAAAGGCUUUAUAAAAGUUUGCAACUUUUGAGACUAAAGAUUAUUUAUAGAACAUUUCUUCUACUUAACUUCUCCCAUUCAUUGAGGAAUUUGGGGCUGGUACCACUACAGGAUGCAAACAUUUACUCCACAAAGGAAAGUAUCCACUGCAACUCUGCUACUUGGCGGACUUCACAACAUGAAAACAUGCGGUCACCAUGAUCAGGUUAUUGUUGUAAUGACCAUUCAUUGCGAAAAGGAAAAUUAUCUAUUUGCAACUCUGCAACUCUGAGGAUUUCGUAAAAUUAGAGGGACUUAACUUUAUUGUAGUCAUCAAAGUCACGUUAUUAAUGUUCAGAUUAUUAGGCGUGAGUAGAACGUGAUGGAUUAUAUUGGACUCUUUUCUGCAUAGGUAUGCAAGAAAUCUCCCUGUAAGCCAACAGUGUCUCCAGAUCAAAUGCAAACUUUGUCAGCUAAUUGACGUGGUGAGUCUUUGAAAUACAAACAGCAUGUUGCAGAUAUAGUCUACAAUUGUAAGGUGAUGUGCGCUUCUGUUGGGACAAUUGUAAUCUAACUAGUACUUACGACAGUGUUAGCUCUAAUCGGAAAACUAGAGUACAUUGACGUGUAGAGAGGUGAGUUAUGUGUUGGUUUGAUUUGGCGCUCACUAAGGUUGGUUUCACUUUAUAAGUCAGAUAUUUAUAUUAUAGAAGCAAGUAUAUAUUCUGAAAGUCUCCUAACCUCAAAUUUGCAGUUCAUUAUCUUCAAGAUGGGCAUCAGGGGGCUUGUACUUGAGAAGUGUUCGCCUCAUAGAGGUUUAAACAAAUAGACUUAUAUGACCGUUUAUGACCAAAUCUAAGCGUGCAGUUGGGCAAAGGUUGCGUUUUAUGGAGGUGAUCAUUACGAGAGAGUUGACUCUAUAGAAGGUUAUUAAAAGGCUGUAGUAAAAGGUCUCCUGUUUGUUUUGGUAUCCUUGGAAAUAGGUGAUGGCAAGGAGAGACGAGCUUCUCCUUCAUCAAGAAGUGAAGCUUAGGAAUAAACUAGUGGAAUACCUCACAGACUGGGUGCUUCCGUCAGCUGAACAUCAUCAGAGUAUACCAGCAGAGCUUUCAGUUUUGUCCAAGUAAGUUAGCAUGCCUUUUUCUGGAUGCCUACGACUGGGUUAGUUGCCGCUGCUAAAAAUUCUCUGAAUGUCUUCAGAAAUCCCCCCCGUUUUAGCAAAGCCCUUUAUAAACAUGGACUCGCCUGUAAUCCCUUGAGAUCUAUGCAUAAUGCCAUGUGAAGCAAUCGGCAACAAACUUAAUUGGGGCAAUUUUCCCUAAAGAGUCUCUCUGACGUUUUGCCAACUUAAAAAGGGGAAAAUAAAGCUUUCCCUCCCCACCACCUCUUUGCAAUUCUGUAACUGAUUGCAGCGUGCACGCACUUGGCUAAUAACGUGCAUUUUGGUUUUGAUCUGUAGAGAACUUGAUGCAACUGUGAUGCGCGCAAUAGCUUCAUUGCUUUCUGGAUUACCUCUACAACCUGAAGGAAUGGAGACGGAUCUUGACCUUGCAGAGGCCAAGUCACAGCUCUUUCUCAAGUUAGUAAAGUCGGUUAAAAUUUGUUUUUUGUACGUUAUCAAAGAUUUGUCGACGUUUAUCCUUCAGUGACGGCCAGCGAGUAGCGAAAAAAUCGCAUUUAUCACCAAUUCCUCUUUUUGGACUGGUUUUUGUCUAAUUACCACAAGAAUAGCAAAAAAUGAGUUUUGCAACAAAAAGGGCAUAUUUUCCGACCAAUCGGAUAUAAUUAAACAGCUGUUUUGUUUUUCGCGCAUGCGAAUGUUUUUCGGUCUUUCUUUUUCGUUCUCUUUUUUUGCUUUGCCUUUCUUCUCUAUAUGGAGUUUUGCUGCCCCCUGCAUCUUCUUCCUUUUGCAUGGAGUUCUGGCGGGCAAACUGUUUAGGAAAAGGACAAAUUGCUUUUUCUUAACUCGUGAAAUCGCAGCUUUGUUACCUAAUAUAAAUUUGUAAAACUAAUUUAAAACUAAACAAAACAAACACCUGCAUUGCUUGGGCAUGAAAAGUUAUCGAAUGUUCAACAAAAAAAAUUACUUGCGAAACAUUGACCUGCCUUUUUUUAGGUUAGGGUAGUUUCUAUCACCAUAAUGUCAAUAUUGUGUACUUCAAUGAGUUACAUGUUAGACCAGCGCACCUAAAUGAUGGAGGAGAAUCUCUUAUAAGUUCAGCAAGUUGUAACAAUACUUUUGUUAUGCAUUCCAAAUUAGGUACUUCACUCUGUUUAUGAACUUAAUGAAUAGAGAGAAAGGUACAGUACGGGCAAAGGAAAAUGUUCAUUAUGUGGCAUCACAAACGUUACAUCAAAACACAGUGCUGGCCAUGUCAAAUCUGCUGAAUGCCAAUAUCGAUACUGGACUCAUGUACGCAAUAGGUAAGACCACAGAAAGGAGGGAUAUUUCUCUUCUCAUAAGUUUGCUAACGUUGUUUUGUUGGAUUGAACGAAAUUACCUUAGUGCUUUGGUUCUUUCACAGGGCUUGGCUACCACGAUGAUCUUCAGACCCGAACUGUCUUCAUGGAGGUCCUCACGAAAAUCCUACAACAGGUGGGAAGUUCAUCUGUAACCUAGCAAAGGCUAUAACGACAGAUGCUUUUAGUUACUUACAAGGGGUUUAUUCCGAACCUUAUGUAUUCUAUCGCGGAAGACCUUAAAAAUCAAUACUUCAAUGAAGUCUGCAACAUGACCCUUUUGCAAUGCAGUACAACCGCGCGACUAAGAACCUGGAUUUUCAAAACCUGUUAAGCUGAAAUUUGAAACAGGUUCUUAUUUUCUAAAAUCUGUGAAAAAAUUCUGUACACUUGGGCAAAUAAGAUAAUUCAGAAUUCUUCUUUGGAGACAUAUAGGUGCCUUAUCACUCCAACUGCGAUGUAAAUGCCAAUGUUUAAACCAAGUAAAAUUGUUACUGAUACAAUAACAAAUUAAAUAAGUUUUACUUUUUCUAAUUUGGGUUGUAGAUUUUAUAUGAGGAAUAAGCUAAACCACUAAAUACUCUUAGCUAUGAUUGUUGGGUUUUUUUCUUCAGGAAAAGAAAACAUAUUUAAGAACCCAAAUAGCCUAAACUUGUGCUAACUACCAUUUAUAUAAGAACCUGUUUAGGCUAACUUGGAAAAUCCAGGUUCUUAGUCGCGGGUUUUUACUGUAUGUCCCAGACAUAUUUUGGACCAGGAGAACAGUCAACCUCUUUCAUGAAGUUUUUGGUUUUACUCCAAACGAUUAAACCUUUUUUGACCCAGAACUGACUAUAAAAUCAAUUGUUACGAUUUCCUGGACUAGCAAUGAAUGGAUUCCUAUUCAAGGUUGCCUUUAACUUGCGUAGAAGACAGAUUUCACUGAGAAUGUUUCUCAGACAAAAUAGGGGACUGCGGCCUCCUUGGCCUGCCAUAGAAUCCGCUUGUAGUCUGAUUUCAAGGUAUAGAGUGAAAGUUAAGUCGGCCGGCAGUUGGACGUUCCUAACUAUGCAAUAAUUCUCUCUUAGGGUACUGAAUUUGAUAAUUUGGCAGAUACAGUGUUGAUGGACAGGUUUGAUAGACUGGUAGAUUUGCUGACUCUGACAGGAGAGGGAGGCAAACUUCCUAUUGCUUUGGCUAUGGCCAGUGUAACUCCUGCUCAACAAAUGGUAAGUUGAUGGCGGAGACCAAUUUAUGACAGAUGAUUUGUCACUCUAACUGUUACAUCCUUGGAAGACGUUAAGCUUAGGAAUAAACUAGUGGAAUACCUCACAGACUGGGUGCUUCCGUCAGCUGAACAUCAUCAGAGUAUACCAGCAGAGCUUUCAGUUUUGUCCAAGUAAGUUAGCAUGCCUUUUUCUGGAUGCCUACGACUGGGUUAGUUGCCGCUGCUAAAAAUUCUCUGAAUGUCUUCAGAAAUCCCCCCCGUUUUAGCAAAGCCCUUUAUAAACAUGGACUCGCCUGUAAUCCCUUGAGAUCUAUGCAUAAUGCCAUGUGAAGCAAUCGGCAACAAACUUAAUUGGGGCAAUUUUCCCUAAAGAGUCUCUCUGACGUUUUGCCAACUUAAAAAGGGGAAAAUAAAGCUUUCCCUCCCCACCACCUCUUUGCAAUUCUGUAACUGAUUGCAGCGUGCACGCACUUGGCUAAUAACGUGCAUUUUGGUUUUGAUCUGUAGAGAACUUGAUGCAACUGUGAUGCGCGCAAUAGCUUCAUUGCUUUCUGGAUUACCUCUACAACCUGAAGGAAUGGAGACGGAUCUUGACCUUGCAGAGGCCAAGUCACAGCUCUUUCUCAAGUUAGUAAAGUCGGUUAAAAUUUGUUUUUUGUACGUUAUCAAAGAUUUGUCGACGUUUAUCCUUCAGUGACGGCCAGCGAGUAGCGAAAAAAUCGCAUUUAUCACCAAUUCCUCUUUUUGGACUGGUUUUUGUCUAAUUACCACAAGAAUAGCAAAAAAUGAGUUUUGCAACAAAAAGGGCAUAUUUUCCGACCAAUCGGAUAUAAUUAAACAGCUGUUUUGUUUUUCGCGCAUGCGAAUGUUUUUCGGUCUUUCUUUUUCGUUCUCUUUUUUUGCUUUGCCUUUCUUCUCUAUAUGGAGUUUUGCUGCCCCCUGCAUCUUCUUCCUUUUGCAUGGAGUUCUGGCGGGCAAACUGUUUAGGAAAAGGACAAAUUGCUUUUUCUUAACUCGUGAAAUCGCAGCUUUGUUACCUAAUAUAAAUUUGUAAAACUAAUUUAAAACUAAACAAAACAAACACCUGCAUUGCUUGGGCAUGAAAAGUUAUCGAAUGUUCAACAAAAAAAAUUACUUGCGAAACAUUGACCUGCCUUUUUUUAGGUUAGGGUAGUUUCUAUCACCAUAAUGUCAAUAUUGUGUACUUCAAUGAGUUACAUGUUAGACCAGCGCACCUAAAUGAUGGAGGAGAAUCUCUUAUAAGUUCAGCAAGUUGUAACAAUACUUUUGUUAUGCAUUCCAAAUUAGGUACUUCACUCUGUUUAUGAACUUAAUGAAUAGAGAGAAAGGUACAGUACGGGCAAAGGAAAAUGUUCAUUAUGUGGCAUCACAAACGUUACAUCAAAACACAGUGCUGGCCAUGUCAAAUCUGCUGAAUGCCAAUAUCGAUACUGGACUCAUGUACGCAAUAGGUAAGACCACAGAAAGGAGGGAUAUUUCUCUUCUCAUAAGUUUGCUAACGUUGUUUUGUUGGAUUGAACGAAAUUACCUUAGUGCUUUGGUUCUUUCACAGGGCUUGGCUACCACGAUGAUCUUCAGACCCGAACUGUCUUCAUGGAGGUCCUCACGAAAAUCCUACAACAGGUGGGAAGUUCAUCUGUAACCUAGCAAAGGCUAUAACGACAGAUGCUUUUAGUUACUUACAAGGGGUUUAUUCCGAACCUUAUGUAUUCUAUCGCGGAAGACCUUAAAAAUCAAUACUUCAAUGAAGUCUGCAACAUGACCCUUUUGCAAUGCAGUACAACCGCGCGACUAAGAACCUGGAUUUUCAAAACCUGUUAAGCUGAAAUUUGAAACAGGUUCUUAUUUUCUAAAAUCUGUGAAAAAAUUCUGUACACUUGGGCAAAUAAGAUAAUUCAGAAUUCUUCUUUGGAGACAUAUAGGUGCCUUAUCACUCCAACUGCAAUGUAAAUGCCAAUGUUUAAACCAAGUAAAAUUGUUACUGAUACAAUAACAAAUUAAAUAAGUUUUUCUUUUUCUAAUUUGGGUGGUAGAUUUUAUAUGAGGAAUAAGCUAAACCACUAAAUACUCUUAGCUAUGAUUGUUGGGUUUUUUUCUUCAGGAAAAGAAAACAUAUUUAAGAACCCAAAUAGCCUAAACUUGUGCUAACUACCAUUUAUAUAAGAACCUGUUUAGGCUAACUUGGAAAAUCCAGGUUCUUAGUCGCGGGUUUUUACUGUAUGUCCCAGACAUAUUUUGGACCAGGAGAACAGUCAACCUCUUUCAUGAAGUUUUUGGUUUUACUCCAAACGAUUAAACCUUUUUUGACCCAGAACUGACUAUAAAAUCAAUUGUUACGAUUUCCUGGACUAGCAAUGAAUGGAUUCCUAUUCAAGGUUGCCUUUAACUUGCGUAGAAGACAGAUUUCACUGAGAAUGUUUCUCAGACAAAAUAGGGGACUGCGGCCUCCUUGGCCUGCCAUAGAAUCCGCUUGUAGUCUGAUUUCAAGGUAUAGAGUGAAAGUUAAGUCGGCCGGCAGUUGGACGUUCCUAACUAUGCAAUAAUUCUCUCUUAGGGUACUGAAUUUGAUAAUUUGGCAGAUACAGUGUUGAUGGACAGGUUUGAUAGACUGGUAGAUUUGCUGACUCUGACAGGAGAGGGAGGCAAACUUCCUAUUGCUUUGGCUAUGGCCAGUGUAACUCCUGCUCAACAAAUGGUAAGUUGAUGGCGGAGACCAAUUUAUGACAGAUGAUUUGUCACUCUAACUGUUACAUCCUUGGAAGACGUUAUGGUGUUGCCAUUCAAAUGAAACCUCUUUGGCCGAACUUUUUCGUUGUACUAUUUAUUUCCUAGAAUUAUACAAAACGAUGCUUUGAAUUUUUGUGAAUUUUCACAUGGGACACUCUUGGGAGUGAAAGGAUAAAGUGUAUUCUGUCAUCACCAUUACAUACGUUAAGUCGUAACCCUUGAGAGAAUUUCUUGUCAAUAGCAUUAUGAUUUAAAUAUGCUGCAGAUCAAUCAGAUCCAACGGAAUCUUGACUUGAUAUUUACUAGUACUUUACAUCGGAAUAUCGUACUUAACCUCUUUCUGCUAGUUAAUUGGCUACUGAUUCUCCAAAUACUCGUAUUCAAUGAAGCCUAAGAGGACUUUCGUGCACGUUUAUUUCUUUGAUCGUUUCAGGAUGAAUUAGCUCAUGUUCUAGUAACUCUGUUUGAUGACAGACACAUACUUCCACAGUUGUUGAAGAAUCUGUUUGCAGUGGAGGUGUGUUGAACAUGUUAUUUUUAUAGAGUCUACUGAAAUGCGUAGUUUGAAGCUUUUUUUACAUUUUUUGUCACAGUAUUAACACUAUGCAAGAAGCGUCGUACCUCUAAAAUUUGUGGUGGAUUUCUGUUCAAAAUGUAGUGAUACACGUCGACGAUCUUAAAAAAUGGCCUUUUUUCCUUGUUGCAAAAUGUAGUCCUUUCCAGUGCACAUCUCUGACGUCAAUGGUGUAAUGUUCCAUAACAGUGGCAAAAUGGCUGCCGUUGAGUUUUAUCCUCCAUUGUACCCAUGCCAUGGGAAAGAGUCGCGAUAGUUUUUGCCCCUUUUUAUUUAUGUCUUUUACUUGAACUUGGGAAUGCUGACGUUUGACGAUUCAUUUCAGAAGUGUUUUCUUAUGUUGCUACUUAUCUUUGUUUUCUAGUGACAUUCAAAUGUAAUUUUUUCCAAUGAAAAAAAAUAUUUUUUUAUACUGAGAUCUUUAUUACAGGCUAAAAUUGAAUUGGGUAAGUGAAUAAAACCUUGAAAAAAAAAUGCAUCGUGUAUUUUUUUUAACUGUUUCAGGUGUACAGUGCUGAAGGAAUGCAGACGUUAUUUCGAGGCAACAGCUUAGCAAGUAAAACCAUAACCUACUGCUUUAAAGCCUUUGGCGGUAAUUACUUGCACACUCUGUUAGGACCUCUGAUCGCUCCAAUGUUCGAAGAACAAGUCUCCUUUGAAGUUGACCCCACAAGGUUAGUAGUAUACAAGAGGUAAUCUUUCUGAUGCGGUAAUCACCUGGGUGUUAAAGAGGCUGGAUUGCUUAGAUGGGUUGGGCUUGCUCCCUUUCAGUUUGGAGGCUUGUCCUUAGUAGGUUUUUUCCCCCACAUUUUCUACGUUUUUCCUAAGGAUUUACCGGUAUUCUUGUAAAUAGUAGUUUAGUAGGAACCGAAUGACCCCAGGAAUCUCUCAGUAUCAAAAUCUAAAUCUGAGGUAUUUAUUCUUUCACUCAAAACUGAGUAUUGUAUGAAGCGGGCUUAGGUUGAAUUCCUACUGCAGUCGGGUAGUUCUACAACUGAGUAAAGUAGUGCAUCUAACGUAUGGUAGUUCUCGGAAUACGAGAAGAUUUGUAAACAUGCGAAAAGGUGGGUGGGAUUCUUUUACUAAAAGGGAGUUGAUUUUAAUUCUCUUAACGUUGUUGGCGGAUAUAGAAACACUAGCGAAUUAAAACAAAGUCAUGCAGAAACCAGGAAAGAAACAAAUCGGGUGUUUGAUACGCUAUAAACUGGCGUCUGUUAAAAAAUUUUCCUUGUUUUGUUCUUUGUUUAACAGGCUUGAAAAAGGUCAAAAUGUGGAAGAAAACAGAAAUAACUUGAUCAAAGCAGCACAGAAAUUCCUCAACGAGAUUGUUAUUUCAGUGGAAAGGUACCUUCCUUGUACCACCUAAGGUCGUUCGUAUUACCUAAUGGUGCUCCUUUAUAGUUUGUGUUAGAUUUGUUAAGGUUCUGCUUAACUUAAAAUAGCUGUCAGUUUUGAACAUCUUGCUGGUUUAAAGCUAUAACCAAGCUGCUCGUCCGACGUCGAGAACAACGAGCACUGUAUUUCCUGAAUCAAUUUGCAACCGAAAGUUAAAAUACAAACGAAAAGUUUGGAGAAGUGAUAGGUAACUACAUGUAGUUUAAUAUCGAAUGGUCACACCAUAGGAUGGUAACUGUCUCUUGGUACAGAAAGAUUGAAUACCACUUGACUGUACCUUUAGCAUAACCCCAUAGGUAGGGGCUGUAAUGCACCCUAAUACUUACGCCAUAGUAAGGCUAAAGGAUCAGACAAAUUACAGUAGCUCGUUCUAAUAAGUAGCAGGUCUUUCAUUUUUGUCGAAUAAUGGCUCACCCUCUCUUAAUGGGUUUGCAGUGAUGCUUUUUUGUUUUAUUUGGAUUUUUCAGCUUCCCAGUUCAAUUACGGAGUCUGUGCAAGUGUUUGAAGGAGGUAUGUUAAUGGACCUGAGGCUUUUUUCCUGAAAGCUCAGUUUUGGACAUUCCCCACUGCCCAGAAGCGUUUGUCUUUUGACUAAAAUUUCCCUUUUUAUGGAAAGAACAUUUUCCUUUUGAGCUAUCAGUUAUAAUUCUAGAAUUCAAAGAAAACGACGAGGAGGUGUACCCGUCUUUUUAAGAUAACGACAUCGAGAUGCCUCAAUAUUUGAGUGUUAAUUUGAUAUAGCGUCUGAAAUGAUGAGGUUGUCUUAAUGAGAUUCGAGAGAAAAGCUCUCUUAGUUUUAAUGAGGAUCUCAUCUUCAAAACCCUUUAACCGUUGCUAAAUUAUUUGAGUUCGAGGAGCGCUCAUCAAGCUAAAAUCGGAAGAUUGUUAUUUAGUUCCCUUACCCAAAGCUAUUUACCCACAAGACUAAUUUUUGGUGUUUUAGGUUGUUCACCAACGAUUCCCAAAACACAGUUUAGAGGCAGUAGGCAGCGCAUUCUUUCUGAGAUUUAUCAAUCCGGCCAUAAGUAAGUUUAUGGUUACGAUUAAUUAUUUUUCGUGUUAAACGGUUCAUCAUCAUCCCCUCCCUCGCUGAGUACUGGAUAUGUCUUAAAAGCGCUAGUACUAGAGACCUUUCUAAGACGAGGACGACAACGAGGACGAGAUUUUCUCAAUACUAAGUAGUGCGCGCGAACCAGCGUCAUUUUGGCGGGAAAACGUGAUAGCAGUCGUCAUUCAACUACGAGUUUUAGCGAAAAUGUCUUAGUGGCGAAAACAAGUUACCAAUUGUUAGGAAUUUUAUCAUUUAGCGAUUGGGAAAGUGCUUCACCUCCUUCAACGGAAAUGAGCGUACUAACUUUUGUGGUGAGAAAAAGUACAUUGAAACUUUCCGGGGUGUCUAUUUUUAGAUAAUAGGCGGGAAGACAUAAAAUCAAAUGUCGUCCUCGUCCUCGAAUCUAAAGCUCUCUAAUCUGCGCACACUGUUUAUUAUCCACCAACUUAAGGUUUAGGUAGAACACCAUACUUGACAAGAGCCAGACCUUAUGCUUCAGUUACGAUAAUGGAAGAAAGCUUACGUUUCAUGUCGUUUUACAAUUCUGACCGUUCUAUAUUUGAUUAGCUACAAUAUCCUUUUCUCCUUCAGCUUCACCUCAUGUCACAGGUAUUAUUGAUCAAAUUCCCUCGGAGGAACUCAGGAGAGGACUAAUGCUGCUCUCCAAGGUAGCUUCCAAGUUGUUUUAAUUCGUUGAUUAACACUAGAGUGUUUAAUGUUUACCUACACGUAUAGAAAUGAUGAACAGUAAACGACAAGUAAAGAGGAAACAUGGCCACGUGGUACAAAUUCGCGUUCGCCGUUUGACGUAAACGUAGUGCUUAACCUCUCUAGUAAUUUUAGAAUGGAAAAAUCUCAAGGAUUAUGAAACUUUUUGAGGAAAGGAAAUAUUUCCUAACAAUCUUACGACCACAUUGCCUCUUUUGAGGGUGCCUUUUUUGUAUAAUAAACCUUGAAACUUUUCUUUACCUUCCUAAAAGUUAAAGGUCAACCUUUUUUAUUAUGAUUAACUUAAUUGUAAACCGACUGCCAUUUUAUGACCCUCAAAUUUUAUGACCCUCUGUUCCACUUCAGUGACCACAAUAAUGAACUCCAGUUUCUGAAACAAUGGAAAGGUGCAUUAAAUACCUUCGCUCCUCGGCCAUCUUAAAAAUAAGGCCCCAGAGAUAAGGCAUCAUCAUCCUAUAUAUAUAAAAACCAAUCACAAAGCUUUUCUACUCAAUUUUGUUUCAUAUGGACUUUAAUAUUAAAGUCCAUAUGAAACAAAAUUGAGUAGAAAAGCUUUGUCAUUACCGCUCCAUAAUUGUUGAGUACUAUCCUGGAUUUAGCAGUGUGAAACUCACCUGUAGUUAAAAACCAAUCAUGUAUUUUGCUUUCAGAUUCUCCAAAACUUGGCAAAUCACGUUCUUUUCUCCAAAGAAAAACACAUGGAGGCAUUCAAUGGUUUUCUACAAGCGAACUUUGAAAAGGCGAGAGAGUAA